CCUUUUCAGUUUCACGUAAUUUUCUGCUGUAAAACAAUGAUCAAAUUUUGCAUUUUAUUUUGGGUUACAGUGCUAGCUGUAACAGAGAAUAACAAUUUUGAAACAUCAUUGGUUCAACUUAUCCAGGAUACAGGACAUACGGUUAAAGUUUACAAAAUUCAUACCGAAGAUAAUUACAUUCUUACGGUAUUUCGACUACCUUCCAAAUUAAAAAAUCCAAAAGUUGUUUUUAUAAUGCACGGAAUCGAAUCAUCUGCAGCUGAUUACGUAAUAGGUGGAAAUAACGCCUCAUUGGCAUAUUUGUUAUCUGACAACGGUUACGAUGUUUGGUUGGGCAAUGCUAGAGGAAAUAUUUUCUCUCGAGCUCAUAAGACACUAUCUGUGGAUUCUCAUGAUUUUUGGAAAUUUUCAUUCCAUGAAAUAGGCAUGUAUGACCUUCCAGCGAUCAUUGACUAUGCUUUGGACAAGGGUGACACAACGUCUCUAACUUACUGCGGAUAUUCGCAAGGAACGACUGUAUUUUUUGUUCUAUUGUCGAUGAGGCCAGAAUAUAAUUCAAAGAUAUCGACAGCGUUUUUGAAGGCUCCAGUUGCCUAUAUGCGUUUCCCAUUACCAUUAGUAAUGCCUUUGGUUUCGAUGUUAGAUCAACUUGUGGGGUCUUUGCGUGCUUGGCGACAAUAUGACUUCAUACUACCAAAUCAAAAUAUGAGAAAAUCGGCCGCUAAUUAUUGCAAUAAGAGAGUGGCAGGCCUUACAACUUGUAAAGCAAACUAUAUGUUGAUUGGUGGUGAUACUAAUGGCCAGUAUAAUGAGGAUUUGAUCCCGAAAAUCUUUCAGUACUUUCCGGCAUCAGCCGGAUAUGGCCAAAUGCUUCACUACGGUCAAAUCAUCAGAAAUAAUGGGUCAUUUAUUCGUUUUGACCAUGAGAAGCGAAGAAACUUAGAGCUAUAUGGUCAGCCAGUGCCUCCACAAUAUAAUUUAGCGAAUCUUCGGACAAAUAUGCAUUUCCUUUAUGGUGUGACUGACGCUAUUGCUAAUCUGAAAGACGUUGAAUUCCUUAUAACAAAGCUGAAGGCACACAUCACAGGCAUUACAAAAAUAAGGGACUGGAAUCAUUUAGAUUUUAUUUAUGGAAAAGAUGUUCAGAAAAAGGUGAACAAUGUUAUCCUUCAAAAAAUGAAGUCAACGUAAAAAUGAACUUGUUGAAAAUGACCACGACGAGAUCAUUUCGUGAAA